GCUUUUGCGUAAAUUUUUUGAAAAUUUCAAAAUUUAAGUUAUCAUAGACAGCAUGGGUCAAAUGCAAAAUGACACGAGAAACUGACGGCAUAUGACGGUUCAAGCAGGAUAUUUGAUAGGUCCGUAGUAUGUGUCAUGUGUCAUGGGAUCUAGGCUUGGGCUGUAGUUUUAUGUUAAUGUAGGUCGUUGGCCUCAACCAUACCAAAUCUUCUUGUACCUUAUCUUAAAUAUAAUAUGUCAACAGUGCAAUUGCGACAUACCGAUUCAUACGUCACUGAUUGAAACUGAUUUCAACACCGUCUUCAGACUUCUGGCAGUAGUACACGUCAAGUGUAUUCCUAGGAUGUUUUGGUAAUUUCAAGCAGAGGUCAAGUGUGUCGGCGUCCAUGGUUCUGUCUAAUUGCAAAAUAUGAAACCCAGCCUACCACUGGCAAUGAGGAGAGUUACAGAUCGUCCUAACCAGAUGUAAUCAAGUCUUAUUUCAUAUGGCCAGUCAUUUAUAGAUGAACAACGAUGUCUUUCUUCAGGCAAUUCCGUUUAAUAUUUUGGAAAAAUUUCAUCUUGCAAAAGAGAAAGCCAUGUGUGACAGUAUUUGAGGUCUUACUCCCAGUGGUAUUUGCCGGUCUUUUAGUGAUCCUUCGAGAAGUGAUUAAAACGAAGGAUGUACCUAAUACAAGCAAAUACCCAAAUUUUCUAGUAUUCCCUCGGCUAUCUUUCUCCCAAGAAAUGUCCUUCCUCUUUGCACCAAACAGUCCUGCAGUUAUAAACUUUAUGAGGAACGUGUCAGAUAUUUCAAUGGCGACAGCCAUACCGUUUGAAGACGAAAGUGCUCUUAUGACAUACUUUCAAAACAUGAGUCAAGAAUCAACCGGGAGUGGUUUUUUUGGUGCUGUGAUCGUAGAUGGCGACUUCCCUGAAAAUGGAAGUUUGCCACGUCAGCUCAGCCUGAGAAUUCGACCAACCUCCAACAGCGACGACCGAUGGGAUACAAGGCUCAUGUAUCCUUUCUUACCGACGAAUGACCCCAGAACGAAUGAAUUUGAUGGAGGGAGCCCGUACUACGAGAGACGAGGGUUUCUUUCAAUGCAGUUAUCCUUAGUAUAUGCGAUGAUAGAGGCGUUUAAUGGAUCCGUGAACAUAGAUAGAUACUCAAACGUCUACCUAAACAUGAUGCCAUAUCCACCGUACCACAACGAUCCUUACCUCCUCGUUCUUCAGACUUACUUCCCUCUGUUCCUUGUGCUUAGUUUCAUACUGAACGCUCUUCAAAACACCAAAAACAUUGUAUAUGAAAAGGAAAGAAAACUGAAAGAAUCUAUGAAGAUGAUGGGUUUGAGUAACUUUGCUCACUGGAGUGCUUGGUUUGCCAAAUGUUUCCUAUACCUGUUAGCAGCUACAAUCCUGUUCACGUUGCUCAGCAUGAUCCCCGUGGGACCCCUGAAUAUCAGUGUUCUCGGACAUACCGACCCAUCCCUCUUCUUCGUCUUCCUUGUGAUCUACGCCCUAUCUGUUGUAGCAUUUUGCUUCGCCAUUAGCACAUUUUUCUCUAAAGCUAUUGCAGGAGCUGCAACAGCCGGCAUUUUGUUUUUCUUGACAUACGUUCCUUACUUCUUCCUGCAAAUGCGGUACGAGUACAUGACAACAUCUCAGAAAAUUGCAGCGUGCAUUUUGCCGAAUAUAGCCAUGGCAUUUGGAUCCAAUAUCAUAGGGCUGUAUGAAGGGACAGGUGAGGGAGCACUUUGGUCAAACUUCCAUCGGCCAGCAACAGUCGAUGACAAUUUCUCUCUACUUCUGGUGAUGGUAAUGCUGUUGGUGGAUAUUGCAGUCCUUUUGCUGAUUACCUGGUACAUUGAUGCUGUAUUUCCCGGAGAGUUUGGUGUGCCACAGCCUUGGUACUUUCCAGUGCUUAAAACGUACUGGUGUGGCGCCGGGCCAAACACCGUGGAUUUGGAACACGAAAUAGGCCAAGAUAAAAGCAACGAAUCUGAAUUCUUUGAGAAGGAGCCCACAGGGCUUGUGGUUGGAGUUCAGAUAAAGAGUUUGCGGAAAGUGUUUGACUCUGGUACUGGAAAAAAGAUAGCUGUAGCGGGCACGAACUUGAAUAUGUAUCAAGGACAUAUCACCGUUUUACUUGGUCACAACGGAGCUGGGAAAACAACCACUAUGUCCAUGUUAACAGGAUUCGUUCCACCGACAAGUGGGACUGCACUUGUAAACGGAUUUGAUAUUAGGACAGACAUCGCAAAAGUGAGAGAAACACUGGGACUGUGCCCACAGCAUGAUAUUCUUUUUGAUUCCUUGACCGUUAAGGAACACCUGCAGUUCUUUGCUACGUUAAAAGGCCAUCCUGAUAACUUGGUACAAGAUGAAGUGAACGAUAUAAUGAGCAUUGUGGGACUACAAGAGAAGGGGAAUGCCCAUGCAUCCACGCUCUCUGGCGGUCAAAAACGGAAGCUGUCAGUUGGCAUAGCCCUAGUGGCAGGGUCAAAGGUGAUAUUCCUUGACGAGCCGACAUCCGGUAUGGAUCCACAGGCCCGUCGAGAAGUUUGGACUAUCCUUCAGCGUUUUAAAAAAGACCGAACGAUUCUUCUGACCACCCACUUUAUGGACGAGGCAGACAUCUUGGGCGACCGCAUAGCUAUCAUGGCAGAAGGUGUCAUCAAGUGCUGUGGUACAUCACUCUUUCUAAAGAACAAAUACGGUAGUGGAUAUCACUUAACUCUGGUAAAGAAGGAUGGGUGCGACGUCCAUGGUAUACAAGAACUAAUAACUAGCCAUAUUCCAACCGCGGCUGUCGACUGUGAUGUUGGCGCAGAACUGACAUAUAUCCUGCCGACCGACGAAUCAUCCAAGUUUGAACAGCUUUUCACCGAUAUACAGAACAAUAUGAAAACUCUUGGUAUCACUAGUUUCGGGGUGUCUGUUACAACUAUGGAAGAGGUGUUUCUAAGAGUUGGAGAAGGUGCGACAGACGACCCGGAAGUGUUCUGCAAGCCAAAUAAUCACGCUGUGAAGGCAACUGCCUCAGACAAUGGACCUAAAGCAACAGAGAGAAACGGUACAACCUACAAUGGUGCAGUCUACGAAAAUGAGGCUUUCUAUGAACAAUUCGAAACUUCGACCGGGAAAACAAGAGAAACCGGCCUGUACACUCAGCCCAGAGGACUUCUGAACUUCAACCAAAACCUGAAGAAAAAUACUGGAGUCGUGCUUUGGGUUCAACAGUUAAGAGCAGCCUUUGUGAAGAAGAUGUUGCAUACCUGGAGGAACCGCGUUAUCACCAUUGUUCAACUACUUCUGCCCAUUAUCUUCACCAUCAUUGCGCUUGUCGUGGACAAGACAUCUAAGAUAUUUGCAGAAGACCCUCCACUAACUCUUGACAUGUCUCAUUUUCGACGCAACUACGUACAGUACGCAUCAGGCUCUAAUACGUCCGUGAAUAAUCAUGAGCUGAUAUUCUUAUUUAACGAAACAUUGAAAGGGACAACGCUCAGUGACCUCAAAGGUGAAGAUAUCGGAAUAUGGCGAAUCCAUGAACUUGUAUUUUACUGACUUGGGUAAGGAAGUAGGUGUAUCGCUUUACAACAGAGAAUACAUCAUUGGGGCCACGUUCGAUGCAGAUACUUCUUCGUUUAUGAAGUUGACCGGGUUUUUCAACGGACAACUGUUUCACUCCGUAGCUAUUUCCCUGACUUACAUAUUGAAUACACUCCUGAAGUUUCACACGGAUCCCUCAUCUUCAGUCAAAAUAAUAAAUCACCCAUUACCUAAAAUGUAUGACAGUAAUAUCACAAAGACUCUCACAGAUAACUCUUUCCUCGGUUUCAUCAUCGCCUUUUGCAUUCUCUUCGGCAUGGCUUUCUUGUCCAGCAGUUUUGUUAUGUUCAUCAUAAAAGAGAAGAGUUCGCAAUCCAAACACAUUCAAAUCGUCUGCGGACUGAGGCGUUUCUUAUUCUGGCUCGGUAAUUUUGCUUGGGAUUUUGUGAAUUACCUAAUUCCGUGUCUCUUUAUUCUGGUCGUCUUUGCCGCUUUCAAGACUGAGGCAUAUACGGAAGAGCGGUUGGGUUAUGUGUUCCUCGCCUUGUGUCUUCAUGGAUGGGCAAUGCUUCCGUUCGUCUAUGCUUUUCAUUUCUUAUUUAAGACACCUGCAAGCGGAAUGGUCGCUCUAACAGUGCUGAGUAUUAUAACAGGUCUUGCCACAUUGCUCGCAGUGAUUAUCAUGAAAAUUCCAACACUUGGAACCGAAGACAUUGCCGAUGUACUCGACUGGGUUUUCAGCGUGCUUCUUCCACAUUACUGCCUGGGCCAGAGCUUCUGGGGUCUC